AUGAGAAAAGCUGUAAAAGGCCAGCGCUGUGGGGUUUCUUCACUCAGUGCUGGUGUUGUAGGAGGUGAGGAUGUAGGGAACAGGCCUUGGCUGGUCCGUCUACACAUUUCCGGCCGUGGCUUCUGCGGAGGUUCCCUCAUCAGCCGUGAAUGGGUGCUCACUGCAGCUCACUGCACUGACUAUCUAUCCUCAGACUCUGAACUGAACUAUACCGUUUACCUGGGUAGGCAGAGCCAAAACACUUCGGUGUCUAACCCACACGAGGUGAGUCGAGGAAUCCGAUCCAUCGUUCCACAUCCGGACUACGACCCCUCACAGUGUGUUAACGACAUCGCCUUGCUGAGACUGAGCGAGCCAGUGAACUUCACGAACUACAUUAGCCCCAUCUGCCUCGCUGCGAACGACAGCGUCUUUUACAACUGCACCACCUGCUGGUCCACCAGAUGGGGAGAAACCGGCUUUUUAGACUCUCAGCACACUUAUGGAACUCUGCAGGAAGUGAAGAUGAGAAUAGUUGGGAAUAAGGAGUGUGACUGCAGGGUUAUGGACGUAACAAUCACUCCGACAAUGAUCUGUGCCGAAGAAGAGGCUGGAGAAAAAACAUGUUAUAGAGAUUCUGGUGGUCCAUUACAGUGUGAGCAGGAAUCUGUCUGGAUCUUAGCUGGUGUCACUAGUCCUUCUUCUUGUGGCACUGGAAAUGCACCUGACAGCUAUGCUAGAGUAUCCAGUUACCAAAACUGGAUUAUGAAGAAUGUUAAUGGAACAGACAUUGGCUUUGUGACUUUUACAUCUGAUGGUGAAGACAAGGACAGCAGCUUUCUGUGUAGUGCGGAAGAUAUAGGUCCUUUAUACCCAUUUGGAAAUGAAGACAUAGAGAAUCCCUCUGUAGAUGAUGGAAGCUCUCAGUUAAUUUUAUUGGAAGAGCCCUUUGUAUAUUUUGGACAUGUUUAUCAAGAGGUUUAUGUUAACAACAAUGGCCAUUUGACAUUUAACGGGCCUCUCUCACAGCCAACUCCGAAUUAUUUGUAUUCACAACUCAACAGAGACAUCAUCGCUCCACUUUGGACAGACAUGGACAACACUGUCAAUGGAACAAUCUCCUAUCGUCAG